AUGGCUGAAGUUUCACCAAAGUUCAUGAUACCUGAAUCGUUUCAGUUUCAGGUAUCAAGUGUUGACAUUGCAGGUCAGCUUACACUCAUUUGGGAGCUAAUCAAAGCACCAUUGAUAGUUCCUUUGUUGACACUUGGAGUUUACAUUUGCUUAGCCAUGUCACUCAUGCUCUUCAUGGAAAGAGUUUACAUGGGUAUUGUCAUAAUCCUUGUCAAGCUCUUUUGGAAGAAACCAGAGAAGCGUUACAAAUGGGAACCCAUGCAAGAUGACAUAGAAUCUGGCAAUCUUAACUUCCCUGUUGUUCUUGUUCAAAUCCCAAUGUUUAACGAAAGAGAGGUUUACAAGCUAUCCAUUGGUGCAGCCUCUAAUCUUUCCUGGCCAGCAGAUCGUCUUGUGAUCCAAGUCCUGGAUGAUUCAACUGACCCUGCCAUCAAGCAAAUGGUAGAGCUAGAGUGUCAGAGAUGGGCAAGCAAAGGCAUAAACAUAACGUACCAAAUCAGGGAGAACAGAACAGGUUACAAAUCUGGUGCUUUAAAAGAAGGCCUCAAGAGAAGCUAUGUUAAACACUGCGAGUAUGUGUGCAUCUUUGAUGCCGAUUUCCAGCCUGAGCCUGACUACCUCAUGCGUGCCAUUCCCUUCUUAGUUCACAAUCCUCAAGUUGCCCUUGUUCAAGGUCGCUGGAGAUUUGUGAAUGCAGACGAGUGCUUGUUGACGAGAAUGCAAGAAAUGUCAUUGGAUUAUCAUUUUACUGUGGAACAAGAAGUUGGGUCAGCUACUCAUGCAUUCUUUGGCUUCAAUGGGACUGCUGGAGUAUGGAGAAUUGCGGCCAUUAAUGAGGCUGGUGGAUGGAAGGACAGAACUACAGUGGAGGAUAUGGAUCUUGCAGUCCGAGCUAGUCUUAGGGGCUGGAAAUUUAUCUACCUUGGUGACCUCCAAGUGAAAAGUGAACUUCCUAGUACUUUCAAAGCUUUCCGGUUCCAGCAGCACAGGUGGUCCUGUGGUCCUGCUAAUUUGUUCAGGAAAAUGGUGAUGGAGAUUGUUAGAAAUAAGAAAGUUCAGUUCUGGAAAAAGGUGUAUGUGAUCUAUAGCUUUUUCUUCGUUCGCAAGAUCAUAGCUCACAUGGUGACCUUCACCUUCUACUGUGUAGUGCUUCCAUUAACUAUUUUGGUUCCUGAAGUUAAAGUUCCGAUUUGGGGAGCUGUUUACAUUCCUUCUGUCAUUACCAUUCUAAAUUCAGUAGGAACUCCAAGGUCAAUUCACCUAUUGUUUUACUGGAUCCUUUUCGAAAACGUUAUGUCUUUGCACCGGACUAAGGCAACGAUUAUCGGUCUGCUAGAAGCAGGGAGAGCCAAUGAGUGGGUUGUCACUGAAAAACUAGGAAAUACACUUCAGAAAGCAGCAGAUGCCAAGAAAGCAAACCCCAAAGCAGCCAGAAAAUUUCGAUUCAAAUUUACCGACAGGCUCAACACUUUGGAGCUUGGAUUUUCAGCAUUCCUUUUCUUUUGUGGAUGCUAUGACUUUGUUAAUGGAAAGAACAACUACUUCAUAUACCUUUGGCUCCAAACUCUGACCUUCUUCAUCACUGGAAUUGGAUAUGUUGGUACCAUUAUAUAG